AUUCCUCUUUGUUGUUCUUUUUUAUUUUUUUUUUGGUUUCUAUUAAAGAUUUGCUUCUGAGAUCUCAGAUGAAAGAUGAUUAUGAAUACCGUCUAAUUUAUCUAAAAUCAUUGGCAAUAGCAGCAGCUAUGGACAUAGUCUCGCCAAUACUGGAGAUUUCUGGUGUAAAUCAUGUCAUCAAUAAACUAGUUGAUAAAACCACUAAUUAUUUGCAAGAUCAGUGCUACUGGGAAACCUACUUGCAAGAAGAAUUGAAAAGCCUCCAAGACUUACUUCCUCAGAUCGAAGCAGUUGUUUCCUUUGCCGAACAUAGAUUAACUUCGUAUGAAUCUUCUGAUCGAGCAUUAAUUAAGUGGCUGUGGAAGUUCAGGGAUGUGAUCGACGAGGCUGAGGAUGUGCUGGAUGAGCUGGAAUAUUUUGAACUGAAGAAGAAAGCUAACAGUGACAAAAAUAGGCUUUCUAGAAGGGUUGAUGCUUCUGUUAAAGCUGCAAAAAGAUUACUGAAAUUUGAUGAUGUUCUUGCGAGAUUAAGGACAUGCGUGAAGAAUUUGAACACCUCGGCUUCAGAUGUUGGGAAGUUUUUGGCACUUGUGGCACCGACAGGUGGUGCCGACAUUGGACAAACGCAACAGGGGAUUCUACCGUUGUCUCAGCAAAGUAGGAUCACCUCUUCAUUGCCUGUAUUAUCAUUCAAAGGACGUGAGAAAGAAAAACAGAUAAUCAUCCAGUUUUUGCUGGGAGAAGAAGCCGAAAUUCAAAUCAGUGAGAAUGUGCAUUGCCUUCCUUUGGUAGGGAUGGGUGGUAUGGGGAAGACCUCACUGGCUCAACAAGUCUUUGAUCAUUUUAAAACCGUGAAGAAGGAACACUUCGAUAUCAAAAUUUGGGUAUGUGACUCCUUACCUGAUCUCAAUGCAUCAAAUCUUAUUAAGAAAAUUCUGGAGUAUUUAACUGGCGGAUCUGAAUCUGGGCCAUUGGAACUAAUACCAGAGAAGCUCAAGGAGAAGUUACAUUCCAAAAGAUUUUUACUUAUCCUAGAUGAUGUUUGGGAUGACAAAAAUCAAAGAGAGUGGGAGAAACUAUGUGCUCCAUUGUUAUAUGGCCAAAAGGGUAGUUGGGUACUAUUAACAACUAGAUCAAAAUCAGUUGCAAAUAUGGUUGCAAGAGAAAUCAGAGGAACAAUGAUGCCAAUGAUGUUGCAGGGAUUGUCAGAGGAUGAAUGUCGUUCACUCCUAUACGAAUAUGCAUUUGCUGGUCAAGACCCAAAUGGAUUCCCACUGCUUAAAGAAAUUGGCACAGAAAUACUAAAGAAAUUAAAAGGUGUACCUCUUCUAGCAAAGUCAAUUGGAGGAGCGUUGAAUAGUAAAUUGGAAGUAGAUCACUGGACGAGCAUUUUAAGAAGUGAAUUAUGGAAAAGGCCACAAGAUUCAACAUACAAUUUCAUUCCAGCUCUAACACUGAGUUAUGUGAUGCAUCCACCACGCUUGAAGCGGUGCUUUGCCUACUGCAGCAUAUUCCCUCAAGAUUACAAAUUUAACAAGCAAAAGCUAGUGUGCAUGUGGGUGGCAGCAGGCCUAAUUUACUCGGAUGGAUUAGAGGAGGGCUCGAAUGAGGAGGACAUAGCUAACUGUUGCUUUGAUAUGUUGUGCAACAAAUCUUUCUUUGAUGUUCAUCACUUCUAUCAAAGUCCAUUUUUCUAUAACAAGGUACCUUAUGCUUUAGAAGAAGAUUAUUACACCAUGCAUGAUAUGCUGAACUGUCUUGCUUGCCAUAUCUCACAAUAUGAAUGUUGUAGAAUUGUGGAUGGCACAACUCCAAGUCUCAUUUUGGAUAAUAAUACUAUCCGCCAUAUAUAUAUUACUUGUUCCAAUGCUCAACUCCAUGAUCUAGCUAACAUAGUGAGCAAACUCAAGCACUUGCGAACCCUUUGGAUAGAGUAUGAUGGGGAUCGUCAACAAUUUGAGGAUUUUAUUCGAGAUGCAUGUAAAUCACCUAGAAGAAUUCGAGUAUUGAUUAUGGAUUCUAAUUUAUCUGAUCGGUGUUUGAAAAGCAUCAGUAACUUUGUAAAAAUACGGUUUCUUCAAAUUCAGAAUAAAUUUCUACCAUCAAUAUCAAUGCGUAAGUUCUAUUUUUUACAAGUUCUAAUGGGAGAAGUUAACAUUUUGGCAAAAGACGUAAAAGACGUAAAAGACGCAAACAAGUUGACCAAUUUAAGGCAUUUAUACAAAGUACAUGAGGAUGCACUUCUCUCCGUGGCUAAAGUAGGAAAGUUAACAUCUCUCUUGGAAUUAUGUUUCACUGUGGGCACAAAACCCAGAUAUAGAAUUGAUGAGUUGAUGAAUAUGGAUAAUCUCCGCCAAUUAAAGAUUAAACAACUUUCCAAUGUGCGAAGUCUUGAAGAGGCCAAUAUGGUCAACUUGGUCAAGAAACGUUAUCUCAUAAGACUGGAACUGGAUUGGAAUGAUGCAAGUAAUCCUGUUGAUGAUGCAAGUAAUCCUGAGCUUGAUCAACCGGUUCUAGCGGCUCUACAACCCUAUUCCACAAUUAGAGAACUCACCAUUAGAGGGUACAAAGGUGGUAGGGCUGCACCAUGGAUGGAUACUCCAUCUCUCUCUCUCCUUGAAAAUCUUCAACUUAAUGAUUGUACAAGUUUGGAAGAGCUGCCCUCUCUAUGGAAGUUGCCCUGCCUUAAGUUUCUGGAAUUGAAUAAAAUGAAUGCAAUAAGAAGUUUGGGUUGUCACUUCUUUGGCCAGAUCGACAUACAAUUUCCAGUUUUAGAGGAACUUUGAUUUUAUGACCUUCCCCUCUUGGAGGAAUGGAAUGGUGCGGAUGACUAUAUAUGGUUCCCUCAUCUCAAAAGUUUUCAAAUUCUUGACUGUCCUAAAAUAAAGAAAAUUCUUGAGCUCCCGUUGUCUAUAGAGGAUCUCACAAUGAAAAAUUUGAGGUUAGAAGUUCUUCCACGGUCCUACAACUACAAGUGUUCAAAUGGUUCUAGGACAUUUGGAGGAUUUUCAGCGGCUGAUGUUCCUCGAGACCCUUCAAAUUUAUGAGUGUCCAAAAAUUAUACAGAUUGGAUCAAUUAGGGAAGAGGAUGAUCAUCUCCUUCCGUCGUCACUGAAAAAACUUAUACUUUCAAUUCUUUUCAAAAGUGAUGAUCUAGUAUGUUAUCUACAAGGUCUUACUUCGCUCACUAACUUGUCUUUAUAUUUUUCUCCGGGCAUGGAAUCACUUCCUUCAGCAAAUGAGCUGGAACAUCUGACUACACUUCAAACGUUGUAUAUCGGGGGUGGUGAAACCUUGACUUCACCAGGAGGCUUAUAUAUUUUAAAAUCUCUUAAAUCUCUGAGCAUUUCUGAUUGUCCGAAAUUCCUCUCUGCUGCUGAGGUUGAGUUAGAGGAAUUUUUAAAAGACAAGACAAGGAAACAUGCGAUAUCAUCUUCCUUAGUUUUUAAUCACUCUGCAAGUGAUUAAGGUUACUAGCAUCCUUCCCUUCUCCCUUGAAUAUCUAUCUUUUAGAAACUCAGACAUUUCGCAAGUCAUUGGGUCGAUGCCUUCAAUGCCUUACCUCCCUUCAAAGCUUAUAUGUAUCACGUUGUCAUCAUUUGGUGUCACUUCCCAACAUAGAGUACCUGCAUAAUGUGACAGCGUUGCAGACAUUGGAUAUUUCUGAUUGUAAAGAAUUAUGUGAAUUGGAGUCAUUGACGGCACUUACCUCCCUAAAAAAGUUGAUAGUAUCAGGUUGCCAUCGUUUGGUGUCUCUUCCCAACAUAGAGUAUUUGUAUAAUCUGACAGCGUUGCAGACAUUGAAUAUUUCUAAUUGUAAAGAAUUAUGUGAAUUGGAGUCAUUGACGGCACUUGCCUCCCUUAGAGAAUUGGGCAUUAACCGCUGCCCCAAAUUAGCAACAACAACCGAACAAAGUGCCACAACGAAAAAGAAGGGAACAUUACCUUCACUUGAAAGCAUUAUUUAUAUCGACGACAUCUUCUAUCUACCAAUUUUGCCGAUUUUAGAAAAGCUAAAGACCCUUUAUAUCAUAAGUAGUGACAAAGAGCUCACUUGUUUCCCUUCUGAGAUAGAGGAGUCGUUGUUGCAAUAUCGGAAGUCUCUGGAAAAUUUAUAUUUGGAUAGAAUGCCUCAUCUGCAAUAUUUACCCGCAAGUUUGGAGAGCUUUUCAUCGCUCAAGUAUCUUAGUAUAUAUUCUGCUCCAGCGCUCAAGUCGCUGCCCAGGAUGCCCGCCUCCCUGGAGGGACUGACAAUUUAUGGAUGCAGUGCAAAGCUUGAGAA